AAUCAACGAAGGGCAUAUACUGAAUAAUUCACGUUGGAUUGCUUUGGGGAGUGACGCAGAGGAUACAGAUGCACGGCUACCUUUUCGUUAAAUUGUCAAAUUCUGUCUUAAAUAGCAGAUAUUUAUUCAUUUUGUCGUGCUUAGUGGGGUGAAGUGUGAGCAGUGGGUCAGUUUUUAGUUUAGAUUAAUUUGGGGUGUCCAACAGGCCUCUGUAUGUCGAUAUUGAUGUGGUGUCGCUGCUAGGAAAAAGAUGCCGCAGCCGAAAUCCCGAAAAAUUGCUGUUCUGGGAUACAGAUCCGUUGGGAAGUCCUCUUUGACAAUACAGUUUGUGGAAGGCCAGUUUGUGGACUCUUAUGACCCAACCAUAGAAAACACAUUUACAAAAAUGAUCACAGUCAAUGGUCAGGAGUACCAUCUGCAGUUGGUCGACACAGCAGGCCAGGACGAAUACUCAAUCUUCCCACAGACCUACUCCAUAGACAUCAAUGGUUACAUUUUGGUGUAUUCUGUUACGUCAAAUAAAAGUUUUGAAGUAGUAAAAGUUAUCCACGAAAAGCUGUUGGAUAUGGUGGGAAAAGUACAAGUACCAAUAAUGUUGGUGGGAAACAAGAAAGAUCUUCACAUGGAACGUGUUAUCAGCUGUGAAGAGGGCAAAGCCCUGGCAGAGUCAUGGAACGCUGCGUUCAUGGAGUCCUCGGCGAAAGAGAACCAGACUGCAGUGGAGGUCUUUAAAAGGAUAAUCCUGGAGGCAGAGAAGAUCGAGGGCGGCGCCCCACAAGGAAGGACAUCCUGCUCCCUGAUGUAGACCCCCCUGACCCCUGACCCCUGCCGACCCCCUGCCGACCUCUCCAUCCUCCUCUAGCCCCCAUUCCCUCGCCCCCCACCCCCAUCCCCGCCCACCAACCUGCACCACAGCACUGGACACUGGGAAAUCCCUGUACUUGAAGUGGCUAACUGCCUGUUUUUCCUCCAUAGAAACAUUAUUAGCAUUUUCUUUUAACCAUAAUUUUUUUAUAUUUAAUACUUUCUUUUUUUUCUUUUUAUUUGUGAAUUUGUUUUUUUCACUUUUUAUUUUUUAUUCUUAUUUUGGAAGAGACAGAGAAGCACUCUGUUGACUUGUAGAAGUAAUGUUAACCAAUCCUAUUGGCUUAGGCCCCCCCUCUCUUCCUGCUCUUGCUCCCCACCCCCCAACCACCCCACCCCACCUUCCUUCCCCCCCCUCCAUCUGCAAACCAAACCUGGUGAAUCUUGAGCCUUACUUCUCCAUCUUUCAUCUUUUCUACCUGAAAGCCUCCUUCCCUCCCCUUCUCCCCUUAUGAAUUUGUAUAUCGUAUUUCUUAAAACGCUAAUUAUGGCCAAUAAAGUUGCCAGCAUUCAUUCAUUCUUCUCUGCUGUGAAUGUUGUUUUAACUUUUUUGAUUGUAAUCAUUAAAAAGCAGCGUAUUGUUUCACUACA